UAAUAAGUAAUAUAUAUCGUAUCUAUUUAUAUAAAAGUGGAACUCGUAACACAACACCUGAUGAAUUAUGAAUGAGGAAUUAGAUAACAACGACAAUAAUAAUAACAAUAAUGUAUCUACAAACAGUAAUGAUUUCUUAAAUACUGCAGCGGAAUCCGAUAAUCUCUGGAAGAAUUCUAUUGGAAGUAAUACAAAUCCCCUAACAUCUGGAACAACUGUACCGGUAUCAUCCCCGUGCUCUUCCUCGUCCGCCGCUUUUGCUAAUUCUUCAGAGAGUAAAUCUACCAAUCCUAUAACAAACAUAGAUAUGGUUAGUAUAUUUACUGAAAUGAAUAAAUCUAUGAUGAAUAAUACACCGCAUGAAACCGACACCAAGGAGUCCCUAUAUUCUAUGUUUGAAAAAGUUAUGAAACAAUCGGAUAAUUCAAAUUAUUAUUCCGCAUGGCAAACAUUUUUAACACAUCUGAUGCAUAAUAAAUCAUCUACUGACAAAGAAACUAAAAGUAAUCUAGAAGAAUUCAUAAAGGAUUAUACUCUGUCGACAACGUCUUCCUCUUCCUUGUCUACCAAUUCUAAUGUACAUAUGAAUUCAAAUACUACGGCAUAUUCUAAUGUUACUGGUCCCACACCUGUUCUAGGUAGUGAUAAUUCGACACCGACUAAACGUAAAACAGCCUAUGGAAUACGUGAUAUUCUUGGAGAUAAUCAUAAAGACGAUGAAAUUAAUAAUGCCAGUCAAUUAAGUGAUGAUAAAACAAGUAAAAUGAGACAUGUACAAAAUACAUCCUCAGAUAAUGAUGAUGAAUUGGAUUAUAAUAAAUUGAGUAAAAUGUACUCCACAUGGUUUACAACAUUGAACUCUUUAACAAAUAUAUCUGAUCGGGAUGGUAUGCAUCAAUCCGCGUGUCAAAAUAACGCCUUACUUGAAGCAUUUACAAUGUUAUCAUCAAGUGUAAAUCCAAGAAACUUGUUAAAUCUUUCACAGAUGAAUCAUAACAUGACUAGUUCUUCGUAUGAUCAGCCACCGCUUUCAUUACAAUCAAAUCGAAAUCUGAAUCCGUAUCCUCUCGACUAUGGUGUUCAUUCGAAUGAAAAUGCUAAAAUUCAAGAACAACAGAGUCAACACUAUAAAAUGAAAUCGAAUCACAACCGGUUAGAUACAAAUUUAUCGAAACAAAUGCCACCCUUAACAAAUGAACAACAACUAUCUCAUAUGAUAAAUUCUUCCCAGACAAAAUCAUCAUCACCAUCAUGUUUAGCGAAAAAAGAUGAAGAGAAACCUGCAUUCUUAGAAUUUCUAAGUAAACGUUAUUCAUCAGUCGACUGUGAAAAUCUUUUCAGUAUGGCUGCAGCUACUGCGGCCGUUGCCGCCGCAGCCUCUUUAACAAAUAUUCGUCCUCCAAUGACAACGCCGCCGACAAUGAUGAUGAUGAAUCUACAUCAGUAUUCACCAAAUCUAUAUGAUCCGCUAAAUUUAUUUCAAAGCCAUAAUAAUAAUAAUAGCACACCUUUGAAUACACUGAAUGAUAACAGUAAUAACGGGAGCCAUCAUUCAAUGCAAAAUGCUCUGAAUCCUUCAUUAUGUUCAAAUUCAAAUAAUAAUUUUCAUAUUCCUAUUGGUUUACCAACUGGACAUAUAAAUAAUACAGUCACUUCUACAUCUGGACAUCAACGCCUAUCAUCACCGUCUUCCUUAUCCCCGACGACAUCUACAAAUGUCAGUACAGGAAAUGGAGUAAAUCCGUCUAAUCCAUGGAUGAAAGCAAAUGAAGGCACCCUUAAUUUAGAUAAAGACACAAAAAAGAAGCAUACACGUCCAACAUUUUCAGGACAACAAAUAUUUGCACUUGAGAAAACAUUUGAACAAACAAAAUACCUAGCUGGUCCUGAAAGAGCUCGUUUAGCCUACUUUCUAGGAAUGUCAGAAAGUCAAGUAAAAGUAUGGUUUCAGAAUAGACGAACGAAAUGGCGUAAAAAGAAUGCAGCUGAAAUGAUGUCUAGUAGGCCUAAUUUAUUCAACGAACGUUCAACAUCGAAUUUAAGUAGUAAUAACAAAAAUAAUGUAAAUAUAAGAGGCGGUGAUUAUGAAAAUACUGAAGCCGGCAGUGAAAGUAUGAGCGGUGAUGAAUGCUUUUCAUCAGAUGAUGUCAACAUGAUGCCAGCAGAAUCAAGCAGUUUACAACAGCUGGAAGAAAAUUGUCAUUCAGAGAUAUCUACUGAUAAACAGACAAGGCAUCAUUCCAAUUCACUGAAUGUCAACGACAACAACAACAGAAGCGCUAUUGGAGUUAACUCGAUGACAUUUGAACAAAUCCCUAUGGCGAUAGAUUAUACAGAUAACCAAAGGACAACAGCUUCAAAUGAUUUGGCUAAAGACGAUGUUGUUUCACACAAACAACAUCAAAUUGAUGACAUAAACUUAUCACAUUUCUUACCCGAUUCACUGGCACAGCAUAACUGGUUGCUAAAAAGCCAACAAUCCAAUCCAGUGAAUAUGUCGUCAGCAUCAACGACUACUGCUCAACAGAUGAAUACAAAUCACUCCUCAUUCCUUCAAGCAUACGGGAUGAAAGCUUUCGAUACAUACCAUAGUGAUAAAUCAAAUGAAAUAUCAUGCAUGGAAACAACAAUGCACAGCAGUAAUGCUAACAAGAGAAAGCACUCUUUUCAUAGUAACGGUUUAUCAUCCCCUUCACAUUCAGUUAAAGAAUUCAUUCCCUCCAGUGGUGUUAACGAUACAUCCGCUUCACUCUAUCCAACAAGUAAUUCAGACAUUCAAACUGUAAACGAUAGUAUGAAGUAUUCGCUUACUGCAAAUCUUCAAAAUCAUCAUUUAAUCACAUCUAUGAACAAUUUAAAUAAAAGAUCUUCUAGUGUUGUAAACAAUUAUGAAAAUUUAUCACCCUCUGAAGAUUUAUCGCCUAAAAGAUAUCAAAGUUUUUCAAUAGCAAAUUCUCAGUAA